AUGAGUCAAAAACCAUCAGGUGAACAAGGUGAUUUUAUUGCCGAAGCUCAGCUAGCCAUCGACGACGUUGGCGCCGGUAUCGUCGCUAUUAAAGAAUUAUCAAAGCGUUUAAAUGAUCCUUCCGAUAUUACAACAGCUUACAUCAAUAUAAAGUCAAAUAAGAACAAAGAAUUUUGCAUUGAACUAUCACCGAAAGGUUAUCGUAUUGUUGGCAAUCAAUUCGAUGAUAAAAGUCAACCAUCCGAAGUUUAUUACGAAUCUCUUCAAGCACUUCUAACAAACGAAUCUAAAUCUUAUGUCGAUAGUUUUGCAGAAAGCUUACAGCAAAAGUUAUUCGCAGCACAACAGCAAAAAAGCGACGACGAUGAUGAUAAUGAUGAUGAUGGGGAAAGCGCUAACGUUAAACAAUAA